ACAUUCUGUUGCCAAAGAAAGUGUUAGAUUUGCUUGUAAGAACGACUAACUUUCAUUAUAUUUUCCCCCAUAUGAACUCUCACUCUUGGAACAAUCUGUAAGUAAGCCAAUUUUUUAAUCAGGUUAUGAGACGUGGGAAAUUGCCACUUGUUGAGCAGAUAAGGUGGAGUUUAGUUCCUUUAGAAGUGCUGGAAAAUGCAGCUGUUUUUCUUUUCAUUUUUACCCCAGGGAACAGAAAGCAUAUUAUCGGCAUGAAGCUGUUCCUCCUUUUGUGCUUUUCCUUCUCUUUCUCUUUAGCAAAGGAUGCUCAGGCAGACAAAGGUUCCAAAGUGAAGAAGCACAAGCCUCCUAAAAUUAAAGAGGAGAAUGAUGUCCUUGUUCUUACAGGUUCAAAUUUUGCCAGAGCCCUUAAAGAAAAUAAGUAUUUAUUGGUCAAAUUUUACCUUGCUCUAUCUGGCCCUUCGCAAACCGUUAAAGAAGAAUUUUCAGUAGCAGCAGGGAAAAUAAAGAAAGACUCCUCAGAAAUAAGGUUUGGUCAGGUUGAAGUAACUCAAGAAAAAGAACUUAGAAAAGAGUUUCAGAUCAAAGAAUUUCCUACAAUAAAGUUGUUUGUUGAUGGCAAUCGAAAAAACCCUACUGAAUGCAAAGGUGUGAGAACUGCAUCUGCAUUUGUUACAUGGCUGAACAGAAGAAUGGGACCCAGCUCUCUUUACAUUAACAGCACAGACCAGUAUGAUUCUUUUGUUCAUUCGGGUGAAGUGACUGUUGUUGGGUUCUUUAAGAAACAGGAGCCGGCUAGUAAGAAAGAAUAUUUUAAUGAAGCUGCCAAGGAUAUUCCUGACUUUCCCUUUGGACUGGUCAGCAACGAUGAGAUAUUUUCACAUGUUGGAAUCACUACAAAUAUGGUUGCAGUAUACAAAAAGGACAAGCCUACCAACUAUUUAAUACCAGAAGAAGAAAUUGAAAGCAAGCUGGACCUAGUGAGGUUAAUCCGAACCUACAUCAUGGACGUGGUGACUGAGUAUAAUUUAGAGACUCAAGUCACUAUUUUUGAUGUCCCUGUUGGCAGUCACAUUCUGCUCUUCACCUCCAAAACCUCUCAAUCAUUUGGUACAAUUUAUGAAAAUUUUGAAUCUGCGGCACUUGAAUUCAGAGGAAAGCUUGUCUUUAUACUAGUUGACACUGACGAGCCUCGGAAUGGGCGUAUAUUUGAGUAUUUCCGCAUAACAGAAGUGGAUACACCUGCAGUUCGUAUCUUAAACUUGACCAGUGAUGUGCAGUACAGAAUGCCCGCGGAUGAGGUUAACUUUGAGAAUCUGAGGCGAUUCUGUAGGAGUUACCUGGAUGGGAAAGCUAAGCCAAAAAGAGACAGCGAAGAAAUUCCUAAAGACUGGGACAAAAACCCUGUAAAGCUGCUUGUUGGAAAAAACUUCAAUCACGUUGCAUUCAAUAAGACUACACAUACGUUUAUCAUGUUUUAUGCACCAUGGUCCCAGGAAUGUAAGGGUUUAUUCCCAAUCUGGGAAGAGUUAGGGCGGACAUAUCAGAAUCAUAAAAAUGUGACCAUUGCCAAAAUAGACUGCACAGCCAAUGAUAUUCAGCUGAUGGUACUGGAUCGCUACCCUUAUUUUCGCUACUUCCCUGCUGGAUCAGACACCAAGUCCAUUCGCUACACUGGGGAACGGACACUUUCAGCGUUCAUAGAAUAUCUGGAGAAUGAAAUGAAAUCUACAAACACAGAGAAACUGGAUAAGGAAUCUUCUGGGACAAGGAAAACAGAAAAUGAAGAGAAAGAUGGCGAGAAGAUAACAAAAGAGGAGCUUUAGCCGGUUGCACAUACCUCGCAAUUUCUAGUCGUUAUUACUAUCAGCCAGAUAUUACUGCAAGCACUGAGAUUUUGUCCUAAUUAAAGAAAUGUAUCACAACUCA